CAAAACCCCUCUUUUCUUCAUUCAUCGCAACAAUAUCUUUGCCUCUCCAUUUCCUUCCAUCUCUUUCACAAGCAUUUCCACACACAAUCUUUCUCAAACACAACUGCUCCCCUUUCUUGUUUUUCUUCUUUUGUCUUUAGAUCCUCUAAAGGCGCCCGCAUGGCCCGACCACAACAGCGAUAUCGCGGCGUUCGGCAGAGGCAUUGGGGAUCUUGGGUCUCCGAGAUCCGCCACCCUCUAUUGAAGACUAGGAUUUGGCUCGGGACAUUUGAGACAGCAGAGGAUGCAGCUCGAGCCUAUGACGAGGCGGCGCGGCUAAUGUGCGGGCCCCGGGCUCGGACCAACUUCCCGUACAACCCCAAUGCGACACAUUCAUCCACCUCAAAGCUACUCUCAGCAACCCUAACUGCUAAGCUCCACAGAUGCUACAUGGCCUCCCUGCAACUGACGAAGUCCUCAUCUCCCCAAGUAGAGCCCCAGAAGCCCGCGGCCUCCCACGUAUCAUCAGUGAGCAGCAAUCUCGCAACUCCAGUAAAGUUCGAGGACGAAAAGGUCAAGUUCUUGCCCGACCAGAGGAGGCAAAUGGUGCCAUUUGUUCAAGAGAUAAAAGCAGAGGAGGAGGUCACAGGCUAUCAGUAUCACCAGCAGCAGUUCAGCUUCAAGCCACUCGAGGACGACCACAUCGAGCAAAUGAUCGAGGAGCUUCUCGAUUACGGGUCGAUUGAGCUGUGCUCUAGUGUAGCUUCCUAAUUAGGAUUCAAGAUGAGUUCUGUCUCUGCAUUUUUCUUGGUAAAAUUACCCCCUAAUUACCCAUUUAACCCCCACCAGUCACCACCAAUUUCUUCACCUGACCAUUUCCAGAGCAAGUGUCCUGCUUUUUCCCACAAGAAGGCCAUUUCCUAGAAGGGUAGAGUCACAAAUUCUCCUAGGUUGAAUAUUUUGGAAGAUGCUGUAUAAUUUAUAAUAUAUAUGUAUAGUUGUACUAUUAUUAUGAAAAUUAUUUAUAAUAUUUAUCAUCAUGA